UACGGAAACCAGCUGAGAAAAAGGCUAGAGGAGACAAGAUGGCGGAGUGAGUGGGCUGCGUUUGUACAGACAGCGGCGGCCCUCAAAGUUUUCUCGUAGGAACGAAAGAAAUCUAAAAGUUUGCAAAGGCAACACCUGCGCCGGGAUUGUGAUUGAAAGGACACAUUGCCUCCAGUACAAAGGAGGCCUGGAUAUCUUUUUUCCGCGACGGUUUUUGACAGCAUUAGCUCGAUGCUAACAUCGGGCAGCGUUAGACUGGAAUAGACUGCUGCUGCGAGGCAACUGACUGUUGAAGGCCGAAUGUUUGAUCCGAUUUAGUCUGGAUGUCUUUUCAGCAAUACCAACGCCGAAUUCCUGUUUUCUUUGUUGGUUUUACGUUUAAUUGGAUCAUUGGACAUUAGCCAAUAAGGAAAAGGAACCAUUUUAGCAAAUUGUUUUUUUCACAUGGUUGACCCGAUUGGUAUUGGACAAGUCUCUUAUCAUUGUAAUCGACGUCAACUGGACAUUUAAGGACUCGUAUGUUCUGUUGACAAUCCAGGCAGAAGACCACGCAGUAUUUUCUAAAGAGAAUUGAGUGAACAUCGUCAUUCUGUGGAUAUUAUGGCGAGCAGCAGUGGUUCCAAAGCCGAGUUCAUAGUCGGUGGAAAAUACAAGCUCGUUAGAAAAAUCGGUUCGGGGUCUUUUGGCGACAUAUAUCUAGCCAUCAACAUCACAAAUGGAGAGGAGGUAGCAGUCAAACUGGAGUCACAGAAAGCCAGACACCCCCAGUUGUUAUACGAAAGUAAGCUGUACAAAAUACUACAAGGAGGCGUUGGAAUCCCACACAUCAGAUGGUAUGGUCAGGAGAAGGACUACAAUGUCCUAGUCAUGGACCUGCUGGGGCCCAGUCUGGAGGAUCUGUUCAACUUCUGCUCUCGGCGCUUCACCAUGAAGACAGUUCUCAUGCUGGCAGAUCAGAUGAUCAGCAGAAUUGAGUAUGUACACACAAAGAAUUUCAUCCACAGAGACAUCAAACCAGACAACUUUCUUAUGGGCAUUGGUCGUCAUUGUAAUAAGUGUUUAGACUCGUCAGUGGGGAAGAGGAAAAGAAGCUUGGCUGUUAGCUCUUCUCAGGACCCAUCUUUCUCAGGAUUAAACCAGUUGUUCCUUAUUGACUUUGGUUUGGCCAAGAAAUACCGAGACAACCGAACACGGCAGCACAUCCCGUACAGAGAAGACAAGAACCUGACUGGAACAGCACGCUACGCCUCCAUCAACGCUCACCUUGGCAUUGAACAGAGUCGCCGUGAUGACAUGGAAUCACUAGGCUAUGUGUUGAUGUACUUCAACAGAACCAGUCUUCCAUGGCAGGGACUAAAGGCUGCCACAAAAAAGCAGAAGUAUGAGAAGAUCUCGGAGAAGAAAAUGUCCACUCCUGUUGAGGUUCUCUGUAAGGGCUUCCCAGCAGAGUUUGCCAUGUAUCUGAACUACUGCCGUGGCCUGCGCUUCGAGGAGGCUCCUGACUACAUGUACCUGCGCCAACUGUUCCGUAUUCUCUUCAGGACUCUGAACCACCAGUAUGAUUACACAUUUGACUGGACCAUGCUGAAACAGAAAGCUGCCCAGCAGGGGGCCUCCUCCGGGGGCCAGGGCCAGCAGGCACAAACCCCCACAGGCAAGCAAACUGACAAAACCAAGCCUAACAUGAAAGGUUUCUGAGAGCUCUCUGCUGACCCAGAGCUUCAGAAGCGUUGGUGACCAGGACCAACACGACUUCUCCUGGACAAGCGACAAACAGAAAGUCUGUGUCUCUCCUUCCGUAAUAAUUCUAUGUAAUGGAAAUGUAUAGAUGGACACGAGCCUCCGUCUGCUGUCUGAUCUAUAUAUUUAUAUCUGUAUAUAAAAUAAAACUCUCCACUCCAAAAUAAAAGUCGGUUUUAUGGAUGUGGAGGUUGUAGCGCCCCCUUCGACCCCAAACCCCCCCCGCCUCUCAAAGCUCACCCCUCCCUCCAUCCCAGCCCUCUGUCCUCCUGUCAGUGUUGACUUUUUGUAAGGUUUCUUUGGAAAUGCGAGUUAAGAAGUUAGUGGACCCCCCCCCCCUUCUCCACCCCCCCCUCCGUACACCGACUCUCUCCUUUCACUCCCUGAUAAUUUCACUCCUUUUACCACAAAUGUUAAACAUGUAAACCUAAAAACUCUUCUCCCCCUUUUUUUUUUUCUUUCUGAAAUAAUUGAUGCAAACCUGGAUGUUAUUUACUAAAAGUUUUUUUCUUGUUUUCUUAUGUUUUCCAAUGGUGAUUAGGAGUUUGCCUGUCGACAAUAUAAGCAGCUGAUGGCAUCAGUCAGUGGUAGAAUGAUACUCUGGCGCUCUCUCUUUCUUUAGAGCUGAAUGAUUAUUAAAUCUGUUGUUCAAAAUAUGGUCUUCUCCAGAACUACAAAUAAAAACAUAACACAACUCUGA